AUGAAUCGCCCCACCUUGGAACGUGUGACCUUCCACCGAUGCUUGCUCUGGAAAGACUCAAGAGAUAGUCUUUGCUGGCCUGACUUGCCAGCGGGAGUGCAGAAAACUGCAUCCCAAAAUGAACGGGGGCCGGUGGGUGGCAAGGCCGGAUUAGCCGAAGUCAGGAUCGAGGACUUCCUAGUGCUAAUUCAUGCCCAGCUCAUAAAACUCGGUUUGACUUCGAAUGUAUUUCUUGGCAACCGCUGCAUCGAUGUCUGCGUGAAGUCCGGCGCCGUUAACGAUGCCCUGAAGAUUUUUAACGACAUUCCUAGUAAAAAUAUAUUCUCUUGGAAUUUAUACUUGAAAAUUUUUGUGAAAUAUUUUGAUCUCGAGACUGCGCAUCGGGUGUUCGACGAAAUGCCUCAAAGGGAUACCGUGAGCUUUAAUACGAUUAUAUCCGCGUACGUUGCUUGUGGGUUUCUUGAUACUGCGUGGGGGGUCUUUUUGGAGAUGCGUGAAUUUUCUGUUGAGCCUAGCGAGUUCACAUUUUCGGUGGUGUUGUGUUGUGUGAAAUGUGGUAAUCAUGCUAAGGAAAUGCAUGGUUAUAUCGUGAGGCAUUUCGGGUAUUUUUCCAAUUUGGUGGUCGGGAAUUCCCUGAUUGAUGUGUAUGGGAAGCUUGGCCUCGUCGAUUAUGCUCUUGCCGUGUUUUUGAGCAUGGAGAAAGUGGAUGUAGUUUCUUGGAACUCAAUGAUAUGUGGUUGCUGUAAAUCGGGUCACGAACAGUUGGCCUUGCAAAAGUUCUGGCUGAUGAUUAAUAGUGGUUACCAAGUGGAUGAGUUUACAGUGUCCACUGUACUUACUGCUUGUUCUAACCUUCGGAACUUGGGAAAGGGUGAACAGGUUUUGUGUUAUUGUGUAAAACGAGGAUUUCUUUCGAAUUCGAUUGUUUCCAGUGCGGUUAUUGAUCUUUUUUCAAACUGCAAAAGAGUAGAAAGUGCAGCAUGUUUGUUUAAAGAAUCGUGUGUACUCGAUUCAGCUAUUUGCAAUUCAAUGGUCGCUUGUUUUGAAAGCCAUGGCUUGGUCGAGCAUGCCAUGCACCUUUUUAUCGAUACUUUCAAGGAAAAUAUUAGGCCAACUGAAUUUACGUUCAGCUGUGUUCUUCACUCGGCCUCCUUUUUUGUUCCGGUCGAGCAGGGCAGUCAAAUUCAUUCUUUGGUGGUUAAAACAGGGUUUCAAUCAGAUUCUAUUGUUGCGAGUUCUCUUGUAAUUAUGUAUGGUAAAUAUGGUUCAAUUGACAGUGCAUUGAAGGUGUUUGAAAAUAUGGUUUUCAGAGACUUGAUAGCGUGGAAUACUAUAAUACUGGUAUUGGCUCACAAUGGCAAGCCCUUUGAAGCAAUUUGCUAUUUUCAGAAACUACUUCAAAGUGGUUUACGUCCCGACCAGAAAACAUUUUACGGGGUUCUUUUAUCUUGUAAUUAUGGUGGGUUUCUUGAGGAAGGCAUGAAAAUAUUUUCUUCUAUGGGAAUGCGGCACGGAGUCGAACCAGAGGAUGAACAUUAUGCCCCUAUCGUGGAAAUCUUGAUUCGUGCCGGUCAAAUUAGUGAAGCAGUAGAUUUGUUGCAGUUGCACAAAUGCGAAACCCAUGCUUUUGUAUGGGAAUACUUGCUUCGUGUUUGUGAGGAUUUGAAGAUGAUUGAAAAGGCUGCAAAAAGAUUGAUGGAGUUAGAUCCUCUUUCACCUUUUCCUUUCUUGAUUUUGGCUAAGGCUUAUGAGAAGAGCGGUAAAUGGGAAAGCCUCGUUCGAGUGAAAAGGGAGAUGAAGAGAAUGAUGAGUGAGGAAGUUGUUGAUUGCAGUUGGAUCAGUAUAAAAGACCGUGUGAUUUCUUUUGAUGCGAAUGACAUGAUUCACUCUGGCGGGAAGGAUGUUUACUCGGUUUUGUUAUUAUUGAUGCAAGAGAUUUGGGAUGAAAAUGAUACAUCUUUUGAGUGA